GAUUUCUUUGGUCCAUUCAAGAUAAAAGAAAAACGAAGCAAAGUCAAAAGAUAUGGCGUUCUUUUUACGUGCAUGUCUUCCAGGGCUAUACAUAUAGAGCCAGCUAAUUCAUUGGAGACUGACGCGUUUAUUAACGCUUUACGCCGCUUCUUAAAUGUAAGAGGACCUAUAAGACAGAUUAGGUCGGAUAGAGGGACCAAUUUUGUGGGUGCCAACAAUGUGAUGAUGAAAGGUCUCAAAGAAGUUAACCAGAGUAAGGUUAUGGAGUUCCUGCUUCGCCAACAGUGUGAUUGGAUCGGUUUCAAAUUCAACGUUCCUGCUGCCAGUCAUAUGGGUGGAGUGUGGGAACGCCAAAUUCGAACGGUCAGAUCAGUCUUGGAACCACUCCUUAGAGAAACAGGUACUCAACUAGAUGACGAGUCCUUCCGAACACUCCUAACUGAAGUACAAAACAUUGUCAAUUCCAGACCCCUGACUACAGACAAUCUGUCAGACCACAACUCUCCUGAACCAUUGACACCUAACCAUCUACUGACGUUGAAGUCGAAGAUCUUGCUACCCCCACCUGGCAUUUUUCAACGUCCAGACCUGUACUCCAGACAGAGAUGGCGACGUGUGCAACACCUCUCAAAUGAGUUUUGGUAUCGCUGGAGGAGAGAAUAUUUUCAAACACUGCAGCCUAGACAAAAAUGGACGAAACCUGAAAGAAAUCUUCAUAUUGGAGAUGUAGUUAUCAUCAAGGACGACAACCAGCCACGCAACUAUUGGCAGCUAGGAAGAGUCGACCUGGUGUAUCCCAGUGACGAUGGUCUAGUACGAAAAGUUAAACUGCUGGUCGGGAAUCCUAAUCUUGACCAAAAGGGAAGAAGAAAACAAGCCCCAUCUUAUCUUGAUAGACCAAUCCAAAAGCUAGUGCUUCUGGUUCCAGCAUCUGAAGCUUAAGACCAAAGAAUUCCCCGUCUAGGAGCCAACGUAUAUUUAAUCCUUUUUUUUAUCUAGUUAAGUGCAAAAUACUUAGCUAUUAAAUUUAGGUGUAUUUUGCAGGGAGCCAUGUUGUGAAGGUAGAAAGCCAUAGUAACAUUAGCAUAGAAAGUAGUUUGGUAGAGCAAUAUUAUACCCUAAUUUGAUUGGUCAGUUUGACUCCUAGUAUAUACCCAACACUAAGAGAAGCGAGCUAGACUCUGUGAGUCAUCUUAACCCUUUGCUCAAGGGUCAUGAAUAUUUUGUAAUAUAUCGUCUCAAAUGCAGCACUUUAGUGCAAAAGUGUAAAACCACACAUUCCUUCUUUAGUAUAUUCUCAGUUUGUAACAGUAAGGUGUGUCAACAGUAUAAGAAGAAUAGUUCAUAAUUAUCCAGUUUAGUUCCCCUAUCCAGUUUACCACACAUACAUAUCAGCACUAUUGUUUUGACGAUUGAAGGAAUAUCGGAAAUAAACACAAAUAAGUCAUUAUAUUUUAAAGCUGUGUUGAUUCUGUUGAGUUUGAGCUGUUCGGGAACAUUAAGUACAGUUUUUGGAGGUGAUUGUAAUAUAGGCCUGGGUCCUAAGAAGUCAUCUACCAUUACAAACAUUAUAAUAUCCAUUAUAAUGUUUACUUUUAAUAAUUUUAGUUCAAUAGACAGCUCUUAUUCUUCGAAAAUUAUACAGUGCUUUCAGAUUAAUUCGAAUGGAGCGAAAUAGCUUAAUCUCUUAAAAUUGAAUCAUUAACCCUAUGUUUUUCAUUUUCGACAACUCAUAAAUUUAACUAGGCAUAUUCUUUAUUUUCCACUUACAUAACAUCGGUGUUGUAAGUAGGUAAAAUACGGUACCGUGUACAAGAACGGAUCCAGAGAUGUCCAAAAGGAGGAAGAUCGAGAGACAACCCUACCCUAGGUAAGCUUUUGUUUCAUAGACACCCGGAAAUAACCUCCGAGGCGUCCUUUGGGCAAUCAAUAAUUUCUUUCUUUCUUUUCUUUUUUGUUUUGUUUUUUGUUUUUUUUCCCCCAAAGACUUUCCAAAGAGGGGCUUGGGCCGACUUGGUUUCCCUAAAAAGCCUAUGAUGUAGCAAUUUAAAG